CGGUGACUCCAGUUUGGGGACGAGUGCUGUGGCCAGCGCGUUUGUGGCAAACUCGGCGGCUUGUGCACACUUGAGGAGCUUGCGGAGGUUUUCCAAGGGGAGGGAGAUCCGAACAGGUGUGCCUGCGGAGCCGAGGACUGAAGGACUGUGAUUCGAGAGGAGGGGGUGAAGCCAUGCAUGAUAUUUUGAAGCACUGUUAUAAUUGUUCUGUUUAAAUCAAAAUGGCUAGCAAAGCAAAUGCUUCCAGGAAAAGGUCUCAACAAUUAAAAAGAAAUCCAGAAAGAAAAACUGAUGAUGAAGAAGCAGAGUUAUCAGAGGAAGAGGUUAGAAACAAAGCAAAAAAAAAUAAAAAUCAUCCAAAACAUCUAUCUCCUGAAGUUAAAGGCCAAACAAAGCAUGCUAAUCUAAAACAGGUGAAGAUAGCAUCCCACAGGAGAAAAACCUGGCAACCUCUUUCAAAGAGUAGCAGAGAGUAUUUGCAAACUGUAAUGGAAUCAGUAAUAAUAACAAUUUUGAGUAACAGUAUUAGAGAAAAUGAAAAAAUUCAGUAUCAUCUCAACUUCCUGAAGAAAAG